AUGUGUCAACUUCUUCUAACACGGGGCGCUGAGCUGCCGAGCGGCGAGAUGAAGCCGCAGGACGACAUCAUGAACGGUCACGAUUCGGGCGGCGGCGGCGCCCGCUCGGAGGACAGCGAGGGCGAGGAGGCGGCCGCGCUGGAGGAGGAGCUGUCGCUGGUGGACGAGGCGGCGCCGGCGCGCGCGCUCGCCGCCCUCAACGCGCUGCGCAAGGCGCGCCAGCACUACGACGUGCUGCUGGCGGGCGGCGACGGCGGCGAGGAGGUGGCCGCGCACCGCGCCGUGCUCGCGGCCGCCUCGCCGCGGCUGCUGGCCGAGCUGCCGGCGGCGGGCGCGGCGGGCGCGGGGGGCGCGCUGCGCCUGCCCGACCUGGAGGCGGCCGCGCUGCGCGACCUCGUCGAGUACGCGUACACGGGGCGGCUGCGCGUGCGCGACGCGGCCUCGGCGCGCCGCCUCUACCGCGCCGCGGCGUGCCUCCGCGUCGAGGCGGCGCGCGCCCACCUCGCCGAGCGGCUGCUGCGCCGCCUCACGCCGCAGGACGUGCUGGCCGUGCGCGCCCUGCCCGACCUGCAGCGCGCCCAGCGCUCCACCCUCGACGCCUACAUCGCGCAACACUUCGAUGAGAUCUGCGCGUGCGGCGCGUUGGCGGCGUUGCCGCUCAUCCGCAUCGAAAUGCUGCGCGAGACGAGCGCCGAGCGCGGCGAGGAGACGCCCGCGGCCGUGGCCGACGCCGCCCUGGCCUGGCUGCGCCACCAGCUCGCCGCCGGCCUGCGCCUGGAGGAGCUGUGCGCGCGCACGCACCUGCUGUUCGUGGACGCGCGCGGCGCCUUGCGCGACUGCGGCGAGCUGCCGGCCGGCCUCGGCGACGGGCCCGAGCUGCUCGAGUACCGGCGCGAGGCGGCCGAGCGCGAGCGCGGCGCGCGGCGCAGGGCGGCCGAGCGCGCCGAGCGCGGCGAGCCCGACGAGCGCGACGGCGACGAGCGCGAGGCGACGGGCGUGCUGGCGGCGCGCGCCGGCAGCGGCGGCGCCGGCGUGACGCGCGCGCUGCUGGCGCUGCGCGGGCGGCUGGCGGCGGCGCGCGUGGCGUGGCGCGCCGGCGGCGGCGGGCAGGCGCGCGGCGGCCGCCUGGGCGGGCCCGAGCCCGAGGCGGGCGGCGCGCCGCGCAGGGCGCACAUGUCGGUGCCGCGCUGCGCGCUGGGCGCCGCCGUGCUGGGCGGGCGGCUGCUGGUGUGCGGCGGCUACGACCGCGCGCGCGUGCUGCGCUGCGCCGAGGCGUACGAGCCGGACGCCAACGCGGGGGCGCCGCUGCCCGCCAUGCGCAGCGCGCGCGCGCGCUUCCCCGCGGCGGCGCUGGGCGGCGCGCUGUUCGUGCUGGGCGGCAGCGACGGGCACGCCGAGCUGGACUCGGUGGACGAGCUGCGCGGCGGCGCGUGGCGCGCGCGGGCGCGGCUGCCGCUGGCCUGCUCGCACGCGGCCGCGGCCGCCGACGCGGCGCGCGGCCUGCUCUACGUGGCGGGCGGCUGGGCGGCCGGCCGCAGCCUGCGCAACGUGCACCGCUACUCGCCGCUCACCGACUCCUGGGAGGAGGCGCCGCCUCUCAACACCGGGCGGUCGCAGUGCGCCGGCGUGCUGUGGGAGGACGCGCUGUGGGUGCUGGGCGGGUGCGACGCGUGGCACUGCCUGGCCUCGACGGAGCGGCUGCGGCUGGCGGAGGGCGCGGGCGCGAGCUGGCGCGAGGGCCCGCCGCUGCCCACGGCGCGCCGCUCGGUGGGCGGCGCCGUGUGGCGCGCGCGGCUCGUGGCGGCCGGCGGCUCGGCCGGCAGCGCCUCGCUGCGCCGCACGGCGUGGCUGGCCGCCGGCGCCAGCGCCUGGCGCGAGGGGCCGCCGCUGCGCGAGCCGCGCGCCGCGCCCGCGCUCGCCGUGCUGCGCGACGUGCUGUUCGCCGCGGGCGGCUUCAGCGGCCAGGACUUCCUCGCCAGCGUCGAGUGCCUCUACGAGCCCGACGGCUGCUGGACCACGCUGUGCGCGCCCCCCGCGCCCCCCGCGCCGCAACCGCCCCCGCCCCCAGCCCCUUCCGACCAAAAUGAGGGAGACGAAGCGAGCAAGGACAGAGUGAUCGUGAACGGGGCGCGCGAAGUGGAAGAAGGCGCCGAGCGGCUCGCCAAACUGUCCGUCGCGCCCGCGUGGCGCCGGAGCGAGCGGGACGGGGAGACGCAAGCACCAUCGGUCCCAAUUUUCUUACCCAUCGCGUCAUUUACCAACAUGAGAGUCGUCGAUGCCUGUUGCCGCCGAGUUACGCACGGGAAGAAGAGGCAGGGGCGGGGGGAGCAUGACGCGGACAGCGAGGGCGGCCGCAGCCUUCCCGCCACGCAGAAAACCGAUACAACGCCGAGCGCACGUCGCGUGUGC